CUCCUUCUAUUUAUCCGGAAACAUUCUGGCAUUCUCCCCCCACACAGCCUGGAUCCUCUGCAGACUGUCUAAAUGCUGCCUUGAGCACAGUUUUCUGCACCGGCUGUUUGAUGCUGCUCGCCUCCACAGAGAACACCGAUACUCACACUUACGUAAGAUGAUUGCGUAUUUCUCACCAGCUCUUGCCACUUGUUGCGCAGACUGAGGAGAGGGAGCGCAGCCGUGAGGGCUCCUAGUGUCCCUCUCUAGAGAGAGUCGUGGAGAGGUCGGACAUUCCUUUGCACAUCGAUGUCUCUCACUCCGAGUCGAAAACCCUCCUCAGGUCAGCGCAGGCGUUCGGUGGGAACUAGUGGCGGCAGUGGGCGAUAUUCCCACAGCGACACAUCCAGUACUCAAACCUACCCCGGUCGGGUUAGGGCACCAGAAGGCAGUCCCACAGCCCGGACGUAUCCCAGUACUCCCAGGCGUCAGGCAAAGCACACAGCUUGCAGCGACAACCAUGGGAUCAGACCCCCGACCCCAGAGCAGUACCUUACACCCCUUCAGCAGAAGGAGGUGUGUAUACGACACCUGCGAGCCAGACUGAGGGAAAAUGUGGAAAGACUACAACACAGGGACUGUGAAAUAGAUGAGUUGAGGGCCCAGCUGUACAGGAUGCAGGAAGAUUGGAUAGAGGAGGAAUGCCACCGUGUUGAGGCCCAGUUAGCCCUAAAAGAGGCCCGCAAGGAGAUCCAGCACCUCCAGGAGGUGGUUGACUCAGUGAAGUCCAACUUGGGUGUCCGGCAACAAGAUUCCCAUGACCACAAACCAUUCUCAGGGUUGCAGGGAGCCCGGCCAGGGGGGAAGUCUCGCUCCUGUGGGUGUUCCCCAGCCAGCACUUUGAGCCGCAGCAACGCCCACUCUAGACUGAGCAGCGAGGCUCUGCAGUUAGAACGUGGCUCAAAUGCUCCUGAGUCGAGUGGAGCUUCGCAAACAGCAGGGCAAACUCACCUGCUCCUGGAGGCAGCCCUGCUAUCAGAGCAGCUGCCGCCACAGGGCCACAUCCGAGGCCCCCCAACUGUGCCACGUUCUUCCACCUAUGAAAGGUUGUGCAGUGGGGGAGCUGUGUUGCCAAUCUCACACUCCUGCCACACUCUCAGUAGCAGCUGCAGGUGCAGUGGACACACCUACCUCCCCCACCAUCAUUUGUUUCUGCACUUACCUCAGGAGGAGGCCCCGGUUACAGCUACUGCAGUUCCUGCUACUGAGUCUAACCCCAUUCCUGUUCCUGCAGCAGAGAAGAAACCAGAGGUCCGUUCCCAGGCGUGUAGCCCCACCAUGACCUGGCUGUGUGAGGAAAGUGCUGCAGAAGGGCCGAGUGUAAUUUCUUUAGCCACAGUGGACACAACCCCCUCAGAACUACAACGAUUUCCAUCGACUUUACCUCCUCUCUCUUCUACUGAGCAUACUUACAAUACAGAGCCACUACCACUGGACAAACCUGAGGAGGUAAUGAAGGUCCCUGCAGGGCCUCACACCUGCCAGCCCCAACCUUUAGCUCCACUACCAGUGAAGCAGAAAGCUACAGUAGUGGAGAUAGAAGAAGAUAAUAAGGAUGAAAACGGAGGAGCAAGUGAGGAAGGGUAUUCCCCUCAGCGGUGCCACUGGAGCCGGUACUUCCUUGUAGAUCUUUUGGCUUUGGCAGUGCCGGUGGUUCCGACCAUGGCAUGGCUGUGCCGCGGAGCACCACAGGAGGUCAUGCCAGUGUAUCAUAUUGGAUCCUUGCUGAGAGGUUGCUGUGCUGUGGCUCUCCAUUCACUUCGACGCCAGGGUGCAGGCAGGGGCCGCAGGCCAACCAACAUGAACGGAACAACAUCAAUCUGACACUUUCAGCCAUAUUUGAGAUUAAGAAACGACUCCAAACCCCUCCAGGCACAACGCUGGCUUUACUUUAUUACAUUUUAGUCUCAACCUUGCAUUGGAUAUCUCCACUUAUAAGAUUUUUAGAGUCUGUGGUCAUGCUUUGCCUUAGAGAACAAAGAAUUAGUUGUACAUUAAAUGCUUUCCUUACUGAAAUAUUCUGUAUUUAAUGCUACUGCCUGCACUUUAAGUGGUUUUCUCUUUAUUGCAGUUUGCAUGUAACCCACUGUUUGGGUUCUCUUGCUUGUAUUAAAAAGCCCCUUCAGUAUGAGAUGCCUUCAGGGCAACAAUGUACACUUCACAUUAUGAAAAUAAGAGAAAUAGUUUGUGCUCUUCUAAUUUCACCAUCGCAGUUUCUAAAUUGUUCACAGGGGAUGGGAGAGUCACAGUCAUCAAAUUCCUUUGGCAUCAAGGAUGCGCCGCCAAAGCGGAAAAGUACAUAACAGUCAGCACUUUUCUGACGUGUUCAGAAGCAGUCAGGAAACAGAGCACACAGGGUGUGGGUACGAGAAGCUGACAGGCAUUCAUAUUUGUAUCACAAUCAAGAAAAUACUGAAAGUGUUGUAAAGAUUUUGGGACUGAUUUUCUGAGAAGCAGAGCUGAACUGACUCUACUGAGAGCAAAACAGAUUGUUGAUUUUUUUUUUUUUUUUAAACUCAUUUAUUUUUUGAUUCCUACAAACUAUGAAAAACUGUACAGACUCCACUUCAUUAAUCCUGUUGGGAUAAAAUACAAAAUGCAUCAGUGACCCAAGAAUAAAGAGCAGAAACCUGCAGCUUAACACGAGGUUAUUUUACAUAAUGGAGAUGAUCUAAGAGUCUAAAUCACACUAACAGAAAAAGAAAUGAUUUUUAUAAGGAUAGCAUUUAUUAUGUUUUGGGUCUUAAAACAAAAUGUGGUGUGUGUGUGUGUGAGAGAGAGAGAGAGAGAGCGAGCCUGAUUUGCUCUGCCCUUCAAUGCACAGCCAGCUCAUGUAUCACUGUUUCUUCAAAGAUAAGGAGGGACUUCUAUUUCACACUUAGUAACCUGUGAUAAAUGAGAUAAACAAGGAGAGCAGUUUUCUUGACUGAAUUUGUAAAGAGGUGACAAUGUUUGAUACAGGUGUUUAUUUCCUGAUUUUAAAUGAAGCGAAAGAUGUCUGCACAGCUGCUAGAAAAGAUGAACGCGAUUAUUUUUUGCCAUCGACCGUGGCUGCUUUCAUCACACUGUGCUGCAGUUAACUGUAAUGCAGUGUGUCGGUGUUUGAGCAUUAAUGCUAAAGCGUGCAUAUUUCAAGUGGCCCUUUGAUGUCACUCCAUUGUAUGUGGGAACUAUGAUGUGCUGUAAGUUUAGUUACCAAUUUCAGCCUUAUUAUGCAAAAAGAACAAAGGUUUGGCUUUCAGGGAUCCUUCAGGUGGGGUUUUACAAGAAGUUUAACCAGAGGUUCAGCGUGACGAAGAAGAAUUUUAUUGUAAAAUAAAGUCCGUUGGAGCAGUA